AUGAGUGAAGGGUCUACUGGUAAGGAGCCACCUCCGGCUACUUUGGUAGGGGGUCCAAGCUUAGGUGAGACAAAAGUGAAAGGACUAGGGGACUUUGCAGAGUUCAGUGCUCCCGGACCAUUGUCUAUUUCAGAAGAACAAUUUACUCUCCUCACUCGGUCAAGCAAAAAGAAACUCAGAAAGGAUUUGAGAAGCGGGACUGGAAGCAGCUUCCCCAAAGGUUCACUCCGUAUGAUCGGUAUAAAUAAACCUCUAUUGGGAGGUAUUUUGGAGACUCAUGUAAAGGAGGAUAGGGUAGAGGCGGUCUUGACCAGCGUUUUCCCUGGUCGGAGAUUUGAUAGCAACCAUUCCUUCUCAGAUACCGGUAAAAUUUUGGUAACUUGGGAUCCGGAAGUCUCAGUUAUUACUUUCAAGAAAACGGCUCAGUUUAUAUUGUGUUGUGUACAUAUUCCGGAAACUAACUCGUCGUUAUGUGUGGUUUUUUUCUACGCUUUUAAUCUUGAGUCUCAAAGAAGGGAGCUUUGGGAAUAUAUCUCUCUUAUUCGUCAAGGGUCACCAGCCUCUUUCCGGCCUUGGAUCCCCUUUGGUGACUUCAAUCAGAUUAUGCUCUCCUCAAAGCAUUAUUCCUUAUCUCCUUAUACGCUCCCGUUGAGUGGAAUGGCGGAGUUCAGGGAUUGCCUAGAGGAGAACGAGCUAGCAAAUAUCCAUUCUAGGGGAGUUUUCUUUACUUGGUCAAAUCAUAACCCAGAUAAUCCAAUUUUGAGGAAGUUGGACAAGGCCAUUGCAAUUGAGACUUGGUUGAGUACUUUCCCAGACUCUGUUGCUAUUUUUGAUCCCCCUGGGAAUUCAAAUCAUUCUCCUUGCAUUGUUGUUCUGUCAUCAGAGGAGGAGAUUCGCAAAAAACGUUUCAAGUAUUUCUCCUUUCUCGCCACUUAUCCAAAGUUCAACGCCGUUUUAACAGAAGAAUGGCAGAAAGACAUCUGUGUGGGAUCUUGCAUGUUCUCUUUGGGACAGAGGUUAAAGAACGCGAAGCUGAGAUGCAGGGCUCUGAACAGAGAGGGGUUUGGUAAUAUCCAACAUAGGGCAAAUGAGGCGUUCUCUAAUCUAGAGAAAUCCAGCAAGCUUUACUAA